AUCGCGUGUCUCUUUGUCUCGCGUCCCGGUUCCCAGGGACACGACGGGUUUCUACUGGAUUCAAAAUUAGUGCAAAUCAUUAAUUAGGAUACGGACUACACUUGAACCGGUAGAGGUAAUCAAGAGCGGCCAGCACCAGGUAAUUUCCACUACAACUCAUCAGAAUCCACGUGUGCGCGUGGAAGAACGACAAACAAUCGCAAAUGUCUUUCCUAUUUCACUUUGGCGAUCUGCUAUUGGAUGGCAAAGACCCUGUUGACGACAGCGUAGACAAAAUCCAUCGCCGUUGCACCAUCGUCUUCCUACUGCUGCUGUCACUUCCACUCUUCACCAAGCAGUUCGCCGGCGAACCAAUUGAGUGCUUCACGCCUACGUAUUUCACCGAAGCGCAGUCACGCUACGUCAACUCCUAUUGUUGGACUGUCUCCACUUUCUACAUGGAGCAAAACCAACCGCAGCCCUCCCAACAGCCUCAACCGCCAAAUUCAAAUGGCGACAGCCUCGAAGCCAAACGGACAAUUUACGAGAACGAUUAUGGAAAUGGCCGAGUGCACUCGAUCGAUUACGUAGACGAAUACGAAAUUCCCAUGACCGUCCAGCAGCAACAGUCGGGUCGGCGAGUGCAGGUCAAAGUCAGUUAUUACCAAUGGGCGCCCAUGAUUCUGUUAGCCAAAGCCAUCACGUUUUACGUUCCCUUCGCCAUCUGGAAAUCUCUGGCUCGCCGGAGGGGGAUUUCACUGCGCCAGUUGAUGAAGCGCAUCACUCGCUUAAGCCAGAUCAGUCCGAGCCAUCCCGAUCGGUCUAAUGUGUUGCACGAAAUCCUGGAGCAAAUCCAAUUUCUUGUGCGAGGGCCUAAUAGGUCAAAGCAGCAGUCGGGCACGGUCAAUAAUAAGCCGCAGCGCACAGUAUCUCCAAUCAAGCUGACAAUGCAACAAAGCCAGCUGUUUAUUACAUUUCUCUUCAUCAAGAUCCUUUAUUUGCUCAACGAUCUACUUCAGUUCUACCUGCUGGUGACUUUCCUUGGCGACGAUUACCUCACUCACGGCUGGGAAAUCAUCAGGCAUUUGUGGACCAAGAGACAGUGGUGGUCCAGCCCGCGUUUCCCAUUACAAACGCUGUGCUCAGUCAGAGCUGCGCAGCAAGGAUCUCUACGCUUGUACCAGUGCCACUGCGUUUUGCCGAUUAAUUUAUUCAACGAGAAGAUCUGCUCCAUUUGGUGGUUCUACAUCGUAGCCCUGUUGCCACUCACAAUUACGAGUUUAUUGAUCUGGUGCUACAGGAACUGUUUGGCUUCUGUACGCGUAGAAUUCGUUGAGCAUUACCUAUAUCCCAACAUCGACAUGAGCAGCGAUGAAGAAGAUGACAGUCUCCGACUCAAUUGCCGCUCAUUCACAAUUGAUUACUUGGGCUGUGAUGGGGUUUUCGUCCUGCGAUUGAUUGAGAUCAAUCACGGGAGCACCACUCUUAGGACAAUCGUUCAGGAGCUUUACAAACGCAGUGGCUACCUACAAAACGUAACCAACAAUCCUGAAAGCAGGCCGUCGACCCCGAUUCCUACCAUCGCCGUCGCUAUACCUCAGACACAGAGUUAUUCGCCUAGAAGUUUGAGACUUCCGGAAGGCCAACCCAAAAUCCAUCCAUCUAGUCCCGGCCCUCCUAGUCCUUCUACUGAGCCAUUUUCUCGACGUCUGACUGUCCUCUCCUCAAAAUCUGCGCCGUUUCCGCGAAUGCGAUCAAGACUUUCGUUGCAGAACCGCCCAACCCCCUCGACAAGUCCUGUUUGAUCUGUCGUCUUUUAUGUCGAUUGUGAUAAGUCAAAGUCGCGAAUGGAGGACAGCAUGCACCUUGUAUUGACUAUUGACGGAACCGUUUCUACCGAUCCGAACUUCGUGUGGAACUCUUCUAGAGGGGAAAAAAGUUGAACAAUCAAAGGCGGCUUCCAUUCGGUCUCAGCAAGUUCUCGUGUAAUUGCUCACAUAACUUUUGUUCGCGUACGAUAUAGCACUGUGUAUUGAAGUAACACAUGACUUCUCUGACGAACUCUGAGUGCGUCGCUUAUUUCUGUUUCCUUAUUCUCAUGAGGAGACGAUGUUGCCCACUUUCUCAAAUAUAACAUAGGUCAUAAUAACAAAGUUGAAUUCACGUAUUGAUUUUGAUCUUACCUGUCCUUUUGAAGUCAAAACGUCUUGCUUUCAAUUUCAUGCUUUUAAUAUUGUACGGAAAAAUUUUAUUAGAACUUUCCUGUAGAGAUGCCCCACUGCUUUUCCCUCGAUGGAGUUAUUCUGUAAACGAACCCGAACUUCGGUUUGCCAUCGGCCGUCGAUAUAGUUUGCCGUACAGCCAAGCGUACAGCACCGCGUUACAGGAUUUGACCGGGGCUCAAGUUAC